AUGAAUACUGUGCUACUUCUCCUAUUGGGACUCAAAUAUCUGGCCUGGGGCGCAGGGGAAGUCAAGAUAAAACCAAUGGAAGCAAAUCCAGGUCUGCUGUAUGAUCCGUUCAAGAAAAUCCAUCUAAUACGAGAAGAAUGGCAGCUGAUUAGUUCCAUCAACGUCGAAAAAUUGGUGAAUCUAUACCCGGAUUCCCAUCAAAAUCUAUGGGAGUCCUACAGAGUAUUCAAAACUACUUCAGCACACCUCGAACAAGCUGUAAACCAACAACUAUCCGACCUUAAAAGAACUCAACUAUUCUCAAUGGCAGGAGAGGAACACAUUCAUUUGAUGACAAACCACCUAAGAACGCUCAACAACGCUGAAAAAGCAAUAGAAGACGCAAAAUGGGGCAAGCUCACCUAUUUAACCGUGUCAGCCAAACAAUUAUACCAAGCAACAGCUGACAUAACGAAAAAACAUCCGACGCUUAACCCACCUCAACCACUGGAUCAUAUGGACAUCACCGCACUUGCUAAAGUAUCCAGAAUAGAAACAGGAAAAGCAAAUGGAUACUUUCUAAUAAUAAUAACAGUACCACUCCUCGAUCAAACACCAUGGCUAGCAUAUGAGCUUAAAUCACUUCCAAAGCCUGAAAAAAUUGGAGAUAAAAUAUCGACAUUAACGAUCCAACCAACAUCAAAAUAUCUUGUGUCAGAGGCGUCGUUUAAUGAAUAUUACUUCGCCGAACAAGACCACAUAAACAACUGCAAACCAAUAGGACCAGACAUAGUAUGCCCGCCUGACGUUCCGUCUAAAACAACCGAAAGGAAAAACGAAGUAGAUUGUGAAAUGAAAUUGCUAAUGGACCCGCAAACUGAAGUCUUAAGAGAAUGCAACAUAAGAAUAAUCAAGAAAUGUAAAUUGACUUGGAUAAAAAUGAAUGAGAAAAACACAUGGGCAUACUCAACGUGUAAAGAAGAAAGUAUCCAAUGGAUAUGUCCAGGACAAAUAUCAGAAAGGAAUGUAAUCAAUGGAACCGGGUUGCUACAUGUUCAACAAGGAUGCCAAGUAAGCUGCAACGGAUUUAUAAUCCGAGGAAUAGCGAGGGAAUCGACAAAAAUAGACUUCAUCACCCCGAGUUUUAACCUAUCAUUAGAAACAUUAAACUCGAGCCUAAAAAUCGACAACGCAGCAAUAAACUCAUUCACAGAAAUCCAGAACCCAGCCAACGUAAUAGACGAAUUUGAACCUUGGGGUCAAGGACUCGAAGAAAAUGAAGAAAAAAUGUCAUUAAUAGCCCUGGACCACCAAAAAGAAGAAUCCAACCGCAAAAUAACAAUUGGGUCAAUAUCAGCGAUCGGAAUAAUAUCAGUUAUAAUAGGAGCGAUAGCUACACAUAAAAUCAUCAGCCGAUUUCUAUCCAAACGUCGCCAGUACAACAACCGGGAUAGAGGAGAUGAAAAAGCAGUCGUAAUCCAGCUAGAAACAAUUGAAGAAAAGAAGUCAAAUCCGGCUGAAAGAAGCGAGUCGAACUCAAGUGAACCCGAUAACAACGAUGAAAGAAGCCUUACUACCAAACAAACAGCACUCGAAGAUCCUCCAAAAAUCGUCGAAACACCGAAGAAGGCAAAAUCAUUCCGAUUGAAAGACUACAAAUCGCCAUUCUAA